UAUGCUUUCUUGCUUUAGCAGAAAAGUCUUCGUGUACAACGUGUGAAGAGAUAAAUAGCAUACUGUGUAUAUAUUGAUUGUUUUAAUUAAUUUUGCUUCAUUCUUUUCUUUUUCUGGGAUCACUAAUUAUUAACAAUGUCUAAUGUUAAGGAAGGCGAAGACAAAGAUGAAAACAAAGAAAAUACUGUAACAUUUGAAGUCUUACAAUUAAUCAAGGAAGCUCAAAGUCAACAUGGUUUGAAGCAUGGUGAUUAUCAUCGGUACAGAGGUUACUGUUCUAGGAGAUUGAGACGCCUUCGUAAAUCUCUUGGUAUCAUUCAAUCAUCUGGUACUCGGCAUCGGUCUACAUUUGCCAUGAAAAAAAUUACCAAUGAUAUGGUUGUUGGUUCUUUGAAGGCUAAAAAAGAUCCUAUUCGAUAUCUGUACAUUCCAUUGAUGAGUGCAGAAAGAUGUUGGAGCUAUGCUAUGGCAUUGAAACAAGAGGCCAACACAGAACCAAGAAAACGGUUCCAUUUAAUCAGAAAAUUGAGAAAAGCAGUUAUAUAUGGACAAGAAUUGGAAAAACUAACUAAUCAAGAGCCUAACUUCUGUGAUGCCAAAACCAAACUUGAAACUCAAGCUUACAGUGCAUACCUCAGUGGAUUGUAUUACUUUGAAACAGAACAAUGGGCUAAAGCUUCAGAAUAUUUGAAAAAAGCUCAAGCCAUUUAUGUUAAACUUUGCGGUGUUGUUGUUGAUGAUGAAACCUCGGUUUGGUAUCAACAAAAAGUGGACGAGCUCAAGCCUACUCUUCGAUAUUGUGCCUUUAAUAUUGGGGAACAAGGAAUUAAAGCUCAAGAUUUUAUUGAUACUCUCAAAUUGGAGUCAAAUGAUAUUGAGGAUGAGCUUCUUUCAUCUAAGCUCGAUCAAUUGAUAUUGCAAACACGUGAAAGACAAUCAGCUACGCUUAGCGAGGUCACUUGGUUGGGUAAAACUUUCGCUAUUAAACAGGAAAAGAUUCGAUCAUUCCUCAUUACUUAUCAAGAAUAUAAUUCAGUUGACUUCAAAACGAUGAAUAAAUUGGAAAAAUUAUUGUUUGAAUGCCGUGAUUGUAUACAAUUGUUGCGGGAUGCAAAUCAGGACAAAACACCUCUUCAUUGUUAUCUUCUUUAUCUUAGACUGGACUUAACCCAUCGUAGGAAUCUCUUUCUUAUCAAUAACAUUGACAAUCCAUCCGACCUUAUACGACCUUAUGAAGUUCUUUUGGGUACCUUAAAUGAUAUGAAAACUUUGCCUCUUCGUCAAUAUUUCAACUCAGAGGAUGACAUUGAAGAAUUAUUAAAUGAAAUUAAUAAUCGAUCGAUUGCAUUCAAAGCACUUCGUUGUUAUUCAAUUGCUAAAGUAGGAAAAAUUGAUUGGAAACAAGCGAUUGCUCUUCUUAACAAAUCAUCGCAAUAUUGCUCAGAAUAUCUUGAGUCAGAUCAUAAGGACGAGGCUUUGAAACAACAAAUCAAAGAACUUCAGGCUAAAGCAAACAGUGAAAAGUUCAAUAUCUAUGCCAAUAGUUUAAUCAAAGAUACAGAGGCGGUAAAAGUUGACAAAAACCAGAAAGUAAAGACGCCUGUAAUCGAAAGAUUAGAUACUUAUUUACCAGAAACUGAAGUAACUUCUGGUUAUAUAAUAAUGGCCCACUUCCCUCCCCAAUUUCGACCUAUUCCAAAUAAACCAUUGUUUUUUGACAUUGCCCACAAUCACCUUAAAUUUCCUUCUCUCGAAACGGAAAUUGCCAAUCAAAAAUCAAGCGGUUUAACUGGUCUGGUCAAAGGAUGGUUAUGGAGAAAAUAAAAUUGAAAAUAAUCUAAUGAUUAAACAAAUCCAUUUGUCUAAGAUUAUCUAUGAAUUUAAUUUUUAAUAUAUGCUAUGAAAUGUAACCUAAUGAAGUAAUUAUAAAACCUUUAAAAUUCUGAUACAAAAAUACUCUUUGUGCCUGGGAAAAGUAAUUUAAAGUUACUGGGUGGCUGAUGAAUAUUAACUUCCUAAUUUUUGUUUAUCAAUAGAAAUGAAAUUCAAAUAGUCAAUGCAUGGGAAUAAGUAUUCUUCUUCAAGGAGUACUCUACAGACAAUUAAAAUGCAGCUGAAUUAAUAUUUGCUGACUUAUUUAA